CCUUCCUUAUGCCGCCCGCCCUCAAUUUGACUGCAGUAAUCCCGACAAGUGAAUUUCAGGUUAUUUACUGAUAUGCAGCAGUAUUUGUAGAAGAUAUGGAGCUGUGUCAGAUUGUCGUCUCAAAUGUCGUGUACCGGUAUUUUCCUUGUCGACAACAGAGAUAAUUGCGAAUUUGGGACGACCGACCGACCCUUUUUCCAAGCCGCGGUUCCGUAUUGACUGAGCACUAACGUUAUGCAUUCAACUUUCUGAAAAAUUUAGGGCCUUGGCUAUCUGUUGCCUCUUUGCCAACAGCAACAAUGUAUCAUGUUAUAAAAGGACUUAUUCUAACAGAAUCCCGAUGCUGUGAUCCCGAUAGUAAAAGGUCAUACCAGGACCUAUUCGAUAAACUGGAUACCAACAAGGAUGGGAAGGUGGAUGUUUUCGAAUUGAAAGCGGGUCUAACCGCAAUGGGCAUAUCAUCCCGCAAAGGUGCAGCGCAGAAAAUUGUAUCGUCUGGUGACAAAAACAAAGAUGGAGGGCUUGACUUCAAUGAGUUCAACAAAUAUCUGAAAGAACACGAGAAGAAACUGCGCCUGACGUUCAAGAGCUUGGACAAAAACAACGAUGGGCACAUCGAUGCCUCUGAGAUCAAGCAGUCCCUUGAAGAGCUGGGCAUGGACAUAACCGAGGAAGAGGUCCAGACGAUCCUACAAAGCAUGGACAACGAUGGCAACAUGAUGGUAGACUGGAAUGAGUGGAGGGAUCACUUCCUGUUCAAUCCUGCCCAUAACCUGAACGAAAUCGUACGGUACUGGAAACACUCCUCGGUGCUGGACAUAGGUGAGAGCAUUGCCAUCCCUGAUGAGUUCACAGAGGAGGAGAAGACCUCAGGUGGCUGGUGGAAACAGCUGGCUGCCGGGGCGAUGGCGGGGGCGGUCUCUCGCACAGGCACCGCCCCCCUGGACAGGAUGAAAGUCUUCAUGCAGGUCCACUCCUCCAAGUCCAACCGGAUCACCCUGUUGGGAGGAUUCAAGCAGAUGAUUAAGGAAGGGGGUGGGGCCUCAUUAUGGCGAGGGAACGGGGUCAACGUGUUAAAGAUAGCCCCUGAGACUGCUAUCAAAUUCAUGGCCUACGAACAGUAUAAGAAGCUGCUGACACCAGAGGGAGGGAAGGUGCAGACCCACCAGAGGUUCAUGGCUGGCUCUCUGGCAGGAGCCACCGCCCAGUCAUCCAUCUACCCCAUGGAGGUAAUGAAGACCAGACUGACUCUGGGGAAAACUGGCCAGUAUAAUGGAAUGUUUGACUGUGCCAAGAAGAUUCUGAGGAAAGAAGGCAUCAAAGCCUUCUGUAAAGGCUACACUCCCAACAUGAUAGGGAUCAUUCCCUAUGCUGGCAUCGACCUUGCUGUUUACGAGAGCCUGAAGAAUGUGUGGUUGUCCCGCUAUGCCAAAGACACAGCCAACCCUGGCAUCUUGGUGCUGUUGGGCUGUGGCACCAUCUCCAGCACCUGUGGCCAGCUGGCCAGCUACCCCCUCGCCCUGCUUCGCACACGCAUGCAGGCACAAGCAACUCUGGAAGCAUCGGACAAGUCCACCAUGACUGGACUGGUGAAGGGGAUCAUGGCUAACGAGGGUUUCUUUGGACUCUACCGGGGUAUCCUGCCUAACUUCAUGAAAGUGAUUCCUGCUGUGAGCAUCAGCUAUGUGGUCUACGAGUACAUGAAAACUGGCCUGGGGAUCUCCAAAUGAUGCAGGGACAGUCAGACAGGAUGUUAAGUCUUUAGGUCUUUUGGACAGUUUGGUUCGAACUUAGUGAUGCGCACAGACUUUUAUGAUCUUGCAUAGACAACCAAACGUUGCCAUCUUGUGAUCACUCUGUGUGCUGAGCCUCACGAGGAGAACCAUGAAAUCAAGGUUGGUCUGAACUAGGCCAUAUCCAGUAGACUCCAAAAAUGAUGCUCUCCCCUUUAACUCAAAGAGAAAUUCCAAUAUGGUGCAAUAUACCUGUUAAGAACUGCAUUAUGAAUCUUAAAACAUAGAGGGUGAGAGUACAAGGUAUUGAUGUAUUCAGGUGAACACUGUGGGCGAAGUUCCAGAGCUUUGUCAAAAAUAUGUUUGUUCCACUGUAAUAUUAGACGCACCAUGCGCACAUUUUAGAGAAUCCCACACUACUACAGUUUACUAUAGAAUUCUGUGGUAAACUGUAGUCUGGGUACCAGUCAUUUUAGCUAACAUUCCACUACUUGUACUCUGUGUCAUAUGCCAAAGAUAUAUUUAAAGAUUGAAGAAAAACCAGUCUCUUUGGCAUACGACACGGAGGAGGCUACAAGGAGUGGAAUGUUAGCUAAAAAGACUGGUACCCAUCAUCAGCGAUCACUCAGGGUCGAGUAUGAUUAUCCUCCCGGUGGGUCCUGCUUGUGGGUCUUCAGAUGGCUGAAGAGGCUGAUCUGGGAUAUUUUGAUGUAGUAUGG